CCUAAACAGGAUUGGCUCCCCGCAAAACCCAACCUCCUCGGUUCUGCUCAAAUGGAACUUCGCUGCCCUGUUUCCGACUUUCCGUUGACUCUCUAUUUCCCAAUUUCAUACCCGACUGUUCCGCGCCGACGCGUCCCGGGAGCUAGGUAGCCAUAUUCCCACGUCCUUCAACACUAGACCUUUUCGACAACAAUGCGGUCCAUCGUACUCGCCGUUGCGACGGCACUCACCACGGCAGUGGUCGCCCAGAAUAAUGGCACCUACAACGUUAACCCGUCCACCGUUGAUCCAGGACUCCGGGUCGAGUGGUGCAGGGCGCAGUUCAGCACUUGCGGGACGCUCUGCGCUGGCAGCCCGUCGGCUAACGACUGCAAUUCUAACACCCUCACGUACACUUGUACCUGCGCAAGCAAUAACUCUGAACCCGGUCUGAUUUACUACACGCAGACCCUGCCCACUUUUCUCUGCGAUCGAGCCUACUCUGACUGCGUUGCGGCGAACACGUCCAGCGCCCGGGCUCAGGAACAGUGCAAGACGGACAUCAAGGAUCAUUGCGGCACGUUGGACCCCAACAAGGCUCAGAUCGACAGCGGCUCUUCCGCAUCGGAAUCAACUACCAGCGCCCCCGCGUCGAGCUCGGCCACCGGAUCCCCGACUGCUGCCUCCGGCGGUGCUGCUAGCACGUCGAGUUCCAGAGCCGGCGGCCCUACCAACGCGGCCUACAUUGGAAAUGGCGUCGCGGUGGUUGCUGCCGGUCUUUUUGCUGCUCUGCUCUGAGCGCAGCGGGGAAGCCGAACGGAACGCGCUAUUUGAAACUGCAUACCAUACAUUGCACGGCAUAGAAUAUAUGCAAUCGCGGCUUAAGAGCGCCCCGGCUUGAUCAGUAUUCUGCUUCUCGUAUUGAUUUUCCCUCAAUUUCUCCUCUGGACAGGUUUUAUUUUUCAUCGGCUACACCGUUGGUCCACAAUACCCGACGCCGGACUUGAUACGGUGGUACGACCGGGAACUAAUGCGCACGAGAAGACGAUGGCUCCGGAUGACGAUAAUAGGAAUGAUGGUGAUGGCACGAGCAGAGUUCAGGUGGUUGAUGGCGAUUGAGGGACGUUGCUGAGGCGGUUUCUGAGAUGCUACUGAUGAAAAAGAGAAAGAGUUUAUAUCCAUUUGCUGUUCAG